AUGGGCACACCACCAGAAACACAAUCUCAUUUCAUAGAAGGGACAGAAAAGUGUGCAGUCCAGUCUUUUGUGUCUGCCCUGGGGUGUGACCUGGAAGCCACGGAGGUGCUGGUCCUGGCUGGAUACCGCGUGCAGAAGGAGAACAAGCUGAGUCUGGCACCCGGGGACCUGGUCUGGCAGGUGUGCAAAGGGCCCGCUCCAGGCUGGCUGCACGGAGCAGAAGGAUCUUGUGGCCUCUUCCCCUGAGCGCUUGGGCAGGAGAUCCCAGAGACUCAGCCCAGCACCAGGGAGGUCCCUCACUCUGCAUACAGCUGAGGUUGCCCGGCCAAAUCUUGAGGUCCCCAAUGAUGCUGCAAAGUGAACUUCAACUACAACCUGGAGCAGGCAGAUGAGCUAAAGCUGCAAAUUGAGGAGAUGGUGGAAGUGAUAAAGGGGAAUGGGGGUGACUGGUGGCUGGGGAAUAAGAACAAGCAGCUGGCAGCCUUCCCAUCCAACUUUGUGGAGUUGCUGGACAGUGGGCUCCUAAGCCUCAGGAACCCAGACAUGCCUUCAGUCAGCCCUGGUCUCCAGAGGCCGCCCAAGCUGAACAGCCUGACCUAUGACAGCCCUCUAGACUACCUGCAGACAGUCUUCCACACUGAGAUCUACAGGGUCCUGUCCAACUACCAGCCUGAGGCCCCGGAGGAGUUGGUGCUGUGGAAGAAGGAUGAGGUAAAAGUACUGAGGAAGACCAUGGAGUUAAGGAAAGUGGUAUCUCGGGAAUCAGCUCCUACUAAGGAAUCAAAGAAGAUGCUGCUCAGAACAGCCCUCCCUACAGUCAAGAAGCUGGUGACAGCCCCCCACUGGUGCUCUGCAACCAAUCACGAGAAAGGGCAGAGCAGCCUAGCAAAGGCCCCUCCUGUGAAUAGAACCCCCACUCCAGAGAAGACUCUGUCUCCAGAUAAGGCCCCCACCUCAGAGGAAACCCUGACUCCAGAUAAGGUCCCCAUCUCAGAGGAGGCCCUAACUCUGGAGUUCAAGGUUCUAGCCCCAAACAACCCCACCCUGGAGGAGAGCCUGAGGACAAGUGCCCCCAGCUCAGACAGUGUCAUUUCUGGGGAUGAGGCCCCUGUCCCAGAAGUCCCACCGGAGGAUGAAGCCCCUAGCCUAAAGAUGGCCCUUCUUGGUGACAAGACCUCCACCCUAGAAAAGGUCUCGACCCCUGAGCAGGUGCUCUCUGAAGAGACCUUCACCAGAGACAACACUCAGUUCCAUCACUUCUCUCUGGAGCAAGCCCUGCCAAAGUUCAAGUCUCUUGUAGCCAAUAAGACUCAAUCCCAAGAAGUCCACAUGCCAGAGGAGCCCCACCUCUGCAUGAUGAUGCACCAUCUCCAUCAGAGGGACAGCCCCCCCUUCCAGUCUAAAUCCAAUCCAGGGUCCAUGCCUGCCCUUGAGAAGGCUACAACCCUCCUCUCCAAGGCACCUGGGAGCAUGAGGCUACCUCGAAAGAGGCUGUACUCCCCAAAGAGGAAGUGCCCCAGAGAGAGCAGGUAUCCUACUCGAAAGAAUCCUUAUCCCAUCAAGUCAACUCCAGACCUCGAAGACACUCCCACCCUACUUUCCUUGGUCCCUCAAAAUCUCAGGGACAGCGAACGUGAUAGGUGA